ACACGUGGUCCUUCGAGCCGGAGGUGGUUCAGUUAAUAAUUAUUUAUCCUUUAUCUUAAAGGUACCUGAAACACCCAACUUCCGUACUAUCUGCCCAAGGAAGAGAUUCUAAUUAUAUUUAUGUGGUGUAUAUUUAAAGGUAAUCUUGACAUGUGGUCCUUCGUGGGAAAAACCAGCACCUAGGACAGGAAGUCCUGAGUGAAACCGUCAUCAGUGCCUAGGAUAUCUUGUGAAACAUAGCGUGUCUGUCAUCCGUGAACAUUUGGAGAGAUUUCUGUACAUUCUCUCAAGGGAUUUACGGCGCAAUCAACACACCUAGCUGCACUGAGAAGGAAGUUAGCGCACAGUUUGUCUGAAGGACACCAACGCAGCUUCAAGGACUUUAUUUGUAUCUGAGAGAUUUUAAUUUGAGACCAUACUGAAGUGAUGAUUUUCUAUAGCCCCAAUUGUGAUUAGAACCCGAUGAUUUUUAUUUCUUAUCACCCACGUGCUUGAAAUCUUCACCAGUCACUAUGUCUCCAAACCUGUGCCACGACACCAUAGAAGCUUUAGAGGAAGAAGUUGGUCUCAUUCAGGAUCAGUCUGAAUUCCUAAAUCGUCAUGAUGCUCUUCAUAUUCUUCGGCAGUAUCAGGAUCGUCUGCAUCGCAUUGAGAUGAGGUAUUUUGAGAAUCAAGAAAUAAACUUUGUAGAAGGAUUCUCGGACCAAUCACAAGAUGAACGGAUCCUGCAAGAGUUUCUGAGGAAGGUUGAGUCGCUUUCCACAAUCAUUCACCGUCUCAUUGCUAAACUAGAAGUUAGAGAUUUGAGGAAUUUGUUCUACAAAGGCCCUAUGAGUACUUCGAAGGAUCGUACAAUGCAUGAGAAUGGGAUGAAGGAGCGAAUGGGAGACAUGACGGAGGAACCUCUGAGAGAAACCAGUUUGGCCAGGAGUUCAAAUUAUGAAAAAUCCUCAGUAGCAUUGAAUACACAAUCAAUUUUGGAUGGAGAGGAAAGACACGAUGCUGCAAGGAUCUGCAGAAUAUGCGAAAGAUGUUCAUCAUACACUCUUGAGCUGGAUCUUCAAGUAUGCUCAUAUCCAGUCUGCAAUUUGUGUUAUGGAAAGGACCAAAGCGUUCUUCAGGGUAUCUCUAUCAGCACAAAUUCUCCUACUCACACCCAGCCUAGUACACCUUCUCAAAUAGAGGAAGCUAAACAUUCUUCAUAUCCUGUUGCACAGGCGUGCACGGAAGCUUUGUCCUCUCAACAUGAAGGAUCAGUACAACCAUUGUCUCUUACUGUACAGGAAUACAGGGAACCCUCUUCAUCUCGGAAAAAAGAUGGAGGAUCUUCAUUAUUUCCCUUGGUUUCUGUGGCUCGGGAGUACAAGCAAUCUUCUUUCCCCCUAACAGAAGAAUCAAUACAUUUCUCAUUUCCUGUGGCACAGGAGUGCACAGAUUCUUCUACAAUUGUGACGGAAGUGUCACAAUUGAUGGGACAAUUGGACAGCCCGGAUUCAGCAAUGGAAGCAUCUGUUCAGCAGUCUUCUAUUGACUUGAAAUCGCAGAGUGAUGUCACAAAUUCCCAAUUCUUUCAAACUAUCACGUUGGAGCAAGAGUCUGCAAAUUACUCAGUGGAGUCCAUUAGUGGAUUAGUCAUACCCAAAGUAGUCUCACACCAAAAUGCAGCAGAAGUCUUUCAGCCAGCAAGAGCGAUGUCAAUCCCGGAUCUAGCAACAGUAGUCCCUCUUUUUCAAACUUCAUUUGACUUAGAAUCUCAGUGUGACACAUCAUCGUCUCCAAAGUCCUGGCAGAAGCAGAAGUCCGCAAAAUGUGCAGUGAGAUUCCAUGGAAGCACAAAUCCCAUUUUACUCUCCCAAUCAUCUGCAGCAGAGGUCUCACAACAACAAAUCUUAAAGUGUUCAAAGCCCAUUGAUUUUGGAAAAUCAGAAGGACUCAAUAGAGCCAAGCAAUCUCCAAAUACAUGUGCUCUUCAUAAUUCCUUUCUGAAUUACAUCCUAUUGGCAGAACCACAGCAUACUCAACUCAGAGCUCUUGAUACGUCUUCAUUGGUUAAGGGCAAAGUUCUUUGGAAAGUCAUGAGAAUGGGAGUGUACGUACUCAGACUUGGAGCACAAGGAAUGGCUACCAGUGUCUUCAGAUGGUUACUUACAAGACCUUGGUGUACGGGUACACCAGGCCCUCCAUGUCUUCAUGUCAGCCAGGCCCAAUUCAAUGAAAGUGAUGACAACUUUAAUGCUCUGCGAAAAAUGUAUGAAACUCUAGGCAAUUUAGUGGAUUACAGCAAGGAGAAGUCCGAAGAGAUGGCAACAAGUCAGUAUGACACUAUUCUUCCAUUUCAAUCCCAAUCAGCAAUCAGUGGAUCAGAAGUCAUCUGUGAAGCAUCGUCACAAGUAUUGCCUCAUCUCUCGUCUUCAGCAUGUGAAUCUUCUCUUGUAUCCACGGAACAUUUUGAAUUCACCUUUCAAUUGGUUUCGGGUGAAUCUCUCUUUAUACUACUUCAACAUCUUCAUCAGAAGCCAUAUUCAAUGGAACAUUGGAGCGGUUGCAAUCAGUCAAUAUGUAUCAUCACUCAUGCAUUUCUUCUGGUAGAUGAUGUGCACUUUGUAAGACUUCUAUAUCUCUUGCAAUCACUCUCAAUGAUUCCUCAAGCAUCAACAUCUGAAGUGGAAUUGAUCUGCACUAAUGUGGCACCAAGUUUGCAACGUAGUGUGAUACAGACUUCCUGUGGAAGUAAUCAGCAACGUACAAUCUGGAAGCAGUUGUCCUGGAAUUACAGAUCAGACUUCAGAAGUUAUUCUCUCAAUCAGAAAGUGGCUACGUCUUCAUCGUUAGUCACACCGAUACUACAUUCUCACUGGUAUGCAGGAUUUGCAAAUGAGUUUCAAGGAAUCGCGAUUAACACAGCGCAUUUGAGAGUUGAGAAAGCCUUGGAAAGGACAUUUUCUCACAUUCCUGUUGGAGUCAUCUCGGCUGAUGUUCCGGUUCUUAUCAAGAUCCAACUGAGGAGUAUUAAACCAUGGCCCAUUGUCAGCAAAAAUGAAGUUUUCUCAAUUAACUCUCUCAUCAAUGGAUCAAAUAAACUUUUGGGGAUCUUAUUCUUGGAAAACGAGGAUCAACUACGCUAUGUUCAGCUAGGACUAUUGGCAUUUCCUGAGAAUCUGUGGAAGACUGCUCUUGUUGAUGUUGGUCGGUGGACUUUCAAACAUCCUUUCAAAUCAUAGUUCCCAGGACCAAAUCAUCAACUGCCAUCAGCUUCACCGAAAAGAAGGAAGUCCAGCGUCAACCUUGAAUCAUGCUGUAAUCGUAAGUUGGCCUCCUUUUCCCCCCCCGGACUAUGUUUACGCAUUACUUUAUGCGUAAAGUAAAUUUAUAAAAUCAAUUGAAUUAAUUUAAUUAUUUUUCUCUUUAAUUUUCAAUAAUUUCUUUUCUUUCAUUUUUUCAUGAAAUUUUAAAUCUUAAUAUAAAUUAUUUCAUGUUUGUUUUAAAGAAAUAAUGUUUCAAUCAAGUCCAAUAAAUUCUCUUUGUCAAUGGAAA